CAACGUCAACGUCAUUUUCGGAUUUUCCAACAAGCGAGUGCAACAUCGGCGGCGGUGCUGCGUGCAAUUAAGUGAUUUUCCCGAUUUUAUCAAAAUUUUCCCCUGUACAAUACCUUCAUCGCUGGCUGUCUGCGUGCGCGUGUCGUCAUCGUUUUUGCCCUACGUCGGCAAUUUAGUCGGGUCAGUCAGGCUCAGCUCGUAUGUGAGUAUCGCUGCGUACUAUAGUAGUCGGUCGGUCGGUCAGUCUACUAGCGUUUAAGAUCACAAAAAAAAAUUACUUCACUAGCAACGGCAGAACGGACGGAUCGAACACAGGAAACCAAACAGUAUUCUACGCGAACAAAAACUUCCCGAUUGCCGUCUCUGGUAUAGUAGGAAGCAAAUAGUUAAGUCUCCCCGUUCGUGACAACCUUCCCCGAGAAUGAGUUCGAUGAGCAGUGCAAAAUUAGUGAUAUUCAGCUAUCUGAUGGUGGUAUACCUAUUCUACAAUCCUACCGACAGCGGUGCGGUUCAACUCACCAAUGAGAAUCUAGAUAUGACUUUAGCUUCUAAUGAACUAGUAUUUAUUAAUUUCUACGCGGAAUGGUGUAGGUUCAGCAACAUUUUGCAGCCGAUAUUCGAUGAAGCGGCUGAUAAGGUCCGCGAAGCAUUCCCCGAGGCCGGCCGGGUCGUCAUGGGUAAGGUGGACUGCGACAAGGAAUCCUCAGUUGCCAGUCGGUUCCACAUCUCCAAGUAUCCGACGCUCAAGGUGAUCCGAAAUGGGCAGCCUACGAAGCGGGAAUUCCGAGGAGCCCGCACGGUAGACGCCUUUGUCGAGUUCAUCAAGAAGCAGCUGGAGGAUCCAAUCAAAGAAUUCCACAAUCUUAAGGAUCUGGAAAUAUUGGACACCAAAAAACGGAUCGUGGUGGGCUACUUUGAUCGGCGCGAUAUGCCCGAGUAUAAUAUGUUCCGGCGGGUGGCGACUAAUUUGAAGGAUGACUGUGUGUUUAAUGCCGGGUUCGGUGAUACCGUGGCUGCUAUGCAUCCACCGGGACAACCAAUCAUCGUUUUCCGACCGGACGUCGCCGUCACCGAUGCGAACGAUGAAGUCUUCAAAGGCAAUCUGAACAAUUUUGACGAGUUGAACAUUUGGGUGCAGGAAAAGUGCGUACCGCUGGUGCGCGAAAUUACCUUUGAAAAUGCUGAGGAACUGACGGAAGAGGGACUGCCCUUCCUGAUUCUAUUCCACAAUCCAGACGACACCCAAUCGAUCAAGGAUUACAAGGCAAUCAUCGAAGGUCAACUGCUUUCGGAGAAACAAAACAUCAAUUUCUUGACGGCUGAUGGGAAACGGUUCGCCCAUCCCCUGCACCAUCUUGGCAAGAGCCAAUCGGACCUACCACUGAUUGCAAUUGACUCGUUCCGGCAUAUGUAUCUGUUUCCCAGCUUCAAAGAUAUGUUCGUUCCGGGCAAAUUGAAGCAAUUCUUGAACGAUCUCUACAGCGGAAAGCUGCAUCGCGAAUUCCACUACGGACCGGAACUGACCAAUGACAACACCAUCGAGAUUGCCACAAAUCAGGACGUCAAAAGGGGCACCACUCCUCCGGAAUCGACCUUCAAACAUUUGGGACCCUCGGACAAACGGUACACGCUGCUGAAGGAUGAACUGUGAGCAGCAGGGCGGGGCGGUUGCUUGCAAACUAAACUUUAACCAUUGAAUUCCCAUCCAAAAAAAAACAAACCAACAAACAAGCAGUGAACAACAGUAAAGACAACGGUUCUUCCGUGGCGCGCUGCAUUUCGUCCGAUUCGAUCUUAGAUCCCAGUAUCAGUUUUUAGCGUUUAGAUUACCAUACACAGUGAGAACACAGUUUCUGUUUGUCCCAUUCAAGCUACCCAGUCGUUUCUAUUUCCGGAACUUAACUAUCUUAGUGUAUGUUGAUUUGAAUAAUCCCCGCAAUUCACAGCGCGGCGGGUUUGUUUGGCUAUCCUCGCGCCGGAAAAACGAGCGUGGAACGAAUCCGAGUAAAACAAAUCUGUACAAUAGGUUAAUUUAGUACACAAUUUAAAGGAUCUAAAUUUGCGCAAUUUGAGUGCUUAAAGUGUGCAGUUUAAUCAAUAGAAUGAACGUGAAUGAAUGGAAGAGGGUGCGAUUGAGAUGUGUUUUUUUCAUUUGCGAUUUUGACUAAAAGUAGACCGUUUCCCGUUCAAUCCAAUCAUUACGAACAAGCCAAUCAAAAUGUAGUGACAAAUACUAGAGGAAAAAACCCUAUGGUUGGAUCAAAUACACCAGUGAUAGUUUGACGCGUUAUUAUGGUGCAUAUUUUGGGCCGGGCGGAAGUCGAUUAAUGGCUUUCACUGCAGUUUCAAUAAUACGACACGGUACGGUAAUUGUCAGUCUCAGAGGAAACCGGAUACACACACAGAAGACAGAGCAGUUGAGCAGAGAGGCAUGCAAUUGUAAGAUGAGAAACGACUGUUUUGUUGAUUAAUUCGUACUACGCGGAUAGAACUACGGCAAAUAAAGAAAAAAACAAUAGUU